AUGAUUCUGGGCUUCCUUCUGCAGUGGGGAGGAGAGGAGGAGCAGAGUGGGGAGGUGUGGAACGGAAGGGGAGAGAAGGAGGGAGGAGAGGAGGAGCAUAGUGGGGAGUCUCUGAUUCCGAAUGGAUGUGGCCUCCCGUCGCUCAAACUGAGUUUAAGGGACCUGUUUUCAAGCUACUUGUCGGACGGUAUGCCCUGCCUCCAGUCCGAACCGCUGCAGGAGCAGAUGGACUCGGAUGGAGUGACUCCCGACACUUCCUCUCCUUUCGACUCUCCCUGCCCGGGUGGAAGGGAACAACCCGCGGUGACCAGCGCAGGUUGGUUUUUCUCGCCGCUGUGGAGUCGUCGGACCAAGACACAUCGAUGGGGGUUUGGGAGCGGAGUGGACAGCAACAGGGUGGAGGUUUGGCUGGAUGAUCACUCGUCCAGGGAGAUGGUGGGAGGCUGGUUCGUGGAGACGCUACCCUCUCCUCAGACCUCCAGAAGGCCCAGCAGGUCUCCGUCCGACCCCAGCUCCAGCAUUCUCCUCCUGGGCCGCGGCCGGGACUCCUUCCCCCUGUCCAGCCCCUCCCUCCGGAUCUCCACCUCCAUCCCCUCCCUGCCCCAAACCCCCCCUCACCAGACCUCUACCCUUUCCACCCCCCAGUGGGGUGACCCCCUCACCCUCGAGAAGGCGGGCAGUUGCUCCCCCCGUACCCCUCGCUCCCCCCACUCCACAGUUUCUUCUCGCUCCCUUCGCUGUCCCCACUCACCCAGCUCACCCCGCUCCUCACCCCGCUCUUCACCCCGCUCUUCACCCCGCUCUCCGAGGAGGACUAGAUUCUGUGGGCGAGGUGAGCCUUGUGGGCGAGCUGAGCCUUGUGGGCGAGCUGAGCCUUGUGGGCGAGGUGAGGGCUGUGACUGGAUGAUGAAGAUACUGGCUGGAGGCUCUGGGAGGAGAGGCUCUGUGGCGGAGCUCUGCCAGGGGGCCCUGCAACAUGCUAUAGAGGUGGUGUGGGCAGAACGCUGCUCUCUGUCUCUGCUCCGACAGGACCAGGAUGGAUGUAGGCGAUUGGUCCAGGUGGUUUCCCUGACGACGCCGGGCUGCGUGAGGGAAGAGUCUUCCAGCAACCAUGCCCACCAGGAGCUGGUGAAGGGCAUCCUGGGAUAUGUAGUUGCUACAGGGAUGCCCAUGAACAUGACAGGAGACGUCUGUGAGUGGUUUACCUCAGGUCGAGGGGAGGAGGGGGGAGGGGGGAGGAGAGGGACGUGGUUUACCUCAGGUAGAGGGGAGGAGGGGGAGGACAGUCUGGGUCUCCUCUCAGUGGUUUACCUCAGUGGUUUACCUCAGGACCCCAGGUUCACCACAGACGAGGACCAGACGGCACGUUUCAAACUCAAGAGUGUCCUGAGUGUCCCGAUUAAGAACAGUAGACAGGAGGUUCUAGGAGCAGCUCUGGUGCUGAACAAGAGGAUCAGUGAUGAUGUCCAGGGUUCUCUGUUCACAGACCAGGAUGAGAAGGUCCUGGCCUGUCACAUGGGUCUGCUCGGGCUGGUCCUGGACAAUGUUCAGCUGUUUGAGAGUUCCAGACAGGAAGCCAACCGAUGCCAGGUGUUGUUGACCCUGGCCAGGCUGCUGUCAGAGGAACAGAAGUCGAUGGAGAAUCUCCUGGGCAAGAUGGCCGCCACCAUCCUGCCUUUCGCACGGGCUCAGUACUGUACCAUUUUCAUCGCCAGGGACAGACCCAAGAACUCCUUCUCUGGGCUGGUCCAUAUGGAGGGAGAAGAACAAGGGUCAGAGUUCCAGAUCUUUCAAAGAGACUGCACCCUCUCGGACAUAGACCUGACCCACGCCCUGCAGGUGUUGGUCUCCAAGGAGACAAUGAACGUGUCCGGCGCCGAUCAGGACCCCCACACGGCCGUCUGCCAGCUGAAGAACAAACUGGGCACGGCCCCUGGCGAGGCGGAGACGGGCAGGGCGUUUAACCGUUAUGAUGAGCGCCUCCUGGAGGACUUUGCGGUGUACUGCGGCCUGGCCCUGCAGACCGUCCAGACCGUCCAACGGAUAGAGUACCAACGAGCCAGUCAGGACGUUACCCAAGAGGAAGCUGAAAUCCCCUCUGCCCAAUCACUGCGCAUUCUGGACUUCAGCUUCUCUGAUUUCGGCCUAUCAGAGGACUCCACGGCUCAGGCCACAGUUAGAAUGUUCCUGGAUCUCAACCUGGUACAGGACUUCAACAUCGACUAUAAGUGUCUCUGUCAGUGGGUUCUGAGUGUAAGGCGUGGUUACCGUAGCAACGUGCCCUACCACAACUGGAGUCACGGCCUCAGCACCGCUCAGUGUAUGUUCGCUAUGGUGAUGUCUACAGACCAGCUACAGUCUAAUUUAUCUCGUCUGGAGGUGUUGGCUCUGAUGAUAGCUACUCUGAACCACGACCUGGAUCACAGAGGAGUCAGUAACUCCUACAUAGAGAGGACUCAGCAGCCUCUAGCCCAGCUGUAUGGAACCUCCUCUCUGGAGCAUCAUCACUAUGACAUGUGCCUCUUCAUCCUCAACAACCCGGGAAGUCAGAUCCUCAGUGGUCUGUGUCCUGAUGACUACAGGACAGUGUUACCCAUGAUAGAGAAAGCGAUCCUGGCUACGGACCUGGCUGUCUACAUGGAGAGGAGGGCAGAGUUCUUUGAACUGGGUCAGAGAGGAGUGAGGUGGGAGGAGGACAGGCACAGAGACUUACUAAGGUCGAUGCUGAUGACAGCCAGCGACAUUGCUGCCAUUACAAAGCCUUGGCAUAUUCAGAAGAGGACAGCUAAGUUGGUGGCAUCAGAGUUUUUCGCUCAAGGAGACCGAGAGAAGGAAGAGUUCAACAUCAAACCUGUCGACAUGAUGAACAGAGACAACAGCACUCGUCUUCCUCACAUGCAGGUCAACUACAUCGAUGGGAUGUGCCAUCCCUUAUACCAGACUCUUUCUGGGAUGUUUGACUCCUGUUCUCCACUGUUGGACGGCCUCAUGAGGAACAGAGAGAAUUGGAUGCUGCUCGCCGAGACGGGGGAGGAAGGAGGAGGAGAGGAGGAAUAGAGAGAUGAAAGAGAGGAACAGAGAGAACUGGGCACUCCUCAUCGAGACGGAGGAGGAAUAGAGAGAUGAAAGAGAGGAACACAGACAACUGGGCGCUCCUCAUCAAGACGGGGGAGGAAGGAGGAGGAGAGGAGGAAUAGAGAGAUGAAAGAGAGGAACAGAGAGAACUGGGCGCUCCUCAUCGAGACGGGGGAGGAAGGAGGAGGAGAGGAGGAAUAGAGAGAUGAAAGAGAGAGAACUGUAUCAUGACUUCAUUGUUUGUGUGCGAAUAAAGACUGGAGUAUCACUGGUUAUCGUCUGGGUAGACCCUCCCCCAACACACAUCACUGGUUAUCGUCUGGGUAGACCCUCCCCCAACAGCAACAUCACUGGUUAUCGUCUGGUAGACCCUCCCCCAACAGCAACAUCACUGGUUAUCGUCUGGGUAGACCCUCCCCCAACACACAUCACUGGUUAUCGUCUGGGUAGACCCUCCCCCAACGCACAUCACUGGUUAUCGUCUGGGUAGACCCUCCCCCAACAGCAACAUCACUGGUUAUCGUCUGGGUAGACCCUCCCCCAACAGCAUCAUCACUGGUUAUCGUCUGGGUAGACCCUCCCCCAACAGCAACAUCACUGGUUAUCUGGGUGGGUAGACCCUCCCCCAACAGCAUCAUCACUGGUUAUCGUCUGGGUAGACCCUCCCCAACAGCAUCAUCACUGGUUAUCGUCUGGGUAGACCCUCCCCCAACAGCAACAUCACUGGUUAUCGUCUGGGUAGACCCUCCCCCAACAGCAACAUCACUGGUUAUCGUCUGGGUAGACCCUCCCCUUAUCAGCAACAUCACUGGUUAUCGUCUGGUAGACCCUCCCCCAACAGCAACAUCACUGGUUAUCGUCUGGGUAGACCCUCCCCCAACAGCAACAUCACUGGUUAUCAUCUGGGUAGACCCUCCCCCAACAGCAACAUCACUGGUUAUCGUCUGGGUAGACCCUCCCCCAACAGCAACAUCACUGGUUAUCAUCUGGGUAGACCCUCCCCCAACAGCAACAUCACUGGUUAUCGUCUGGGUAGACCCUCCCCCAACAGCAACAUCACUGGUUAUCGUCUGGGUAGACCCUCCCCCAACAGCAACAUCACUGGUUAUCAUCUGGGUAGACCCUCCCCCAACAGCAACAUCACUGGUUAUCGUCUGGUAGACCCUCCCCCAACAGCAACACCACUGGUUAUCGUCUGGGUAGACCCUCCCCCAACAGCAACAUCACUGGUUAUUGUCUGGGUAGACCCUUCCCCAACAGCAACAUCACUGGUUAUCGUCUGGGUAGACCCUCCCCCUACAGCAACAUCACUGGUUAUCAUCUGGGUAGACCCUCCCCCAACAGCAACAUCACUGGUUAUCGUCUGGGUAGACCCUCCCCCAACAGCAACAUCACUGGUUAUUGUCUGGGUAGACCCUCCCCCAACAGCAACAUCACUGGUUAUCGUCUGGGUAGACCCUCCCCCUACAGCAACAUCACUGGUUAUCAUCUGGGUAGACCCUCCCCCAACAGCAACAUCACUGGUUACCGUCUGGUAGAGCCUCCCCCAACAGCAGCAUCACUGGUUAUCGUCUGGGUAGACCCUCCCCCAACAGCAACAUCACUGGUUAUCGUCUGGGUAGACACUCCCCGAACAGCAACAUCAUUGGUUAUCGUCUGGUAGACCCUCCCCUAUCAGCAACAUCACUGGUUAUCGUCUGGUAGACCCUCCCCCAACAGCAAAAUCACUGGUUAUCGUCUGGGUAGACCCUCCCCCAACAGCAACAUCACUGGUUAUCGUCUGGUAGACCCUCCCCCAACAGCAACACCACUGGUUAUCGUCUGGGUAGACCCUCCCCCAACAGCAACAUCACUGGUUAUCUGAACUCUCUACUAUACCUGGUUUAACCUGGAACUCUCUACUAUACCUGGUUACCCUGGAACUCUGUCACUCUCUACUAUACCUGGUUUACCCUGGAACUCUGUCACUCUCUACUAUACCUUGAACUCUGUCACUCUCUACUAUACCUUGAACUCUGUCACUCUCUACUAUACCUGGUUUAACCUGGAACUCUGUCACUCUCUACUAUUCCUGGUUUAACCUGGAACUCUGUCACUCUCCACUAUACCUGGUUUACCCUGGAACUCUGUCACUCUCUACUAUACCUGGUUUACCCUGGAACUCUGUCACUCUCUACUAUACCUGGUUUACCCUGGAACUCUCCACUAUACCUGGUUUACCCUGGAACUCUGUCACUCUCUACUAUACCUGGUUUACCCUGGAACUCUGUCACUCUCUACUAUACAUGGUUUACCCUGGAACUCUGUCACUCUCUACUAUACCUGGUUUACCCUGGAACUCUGUCACUCUCUACUAUACAUGGUUUACCCUGGAACUCUGUCACUCUCUACUAUACCUGGUUUAUUCUAGAACUCUGUCACUCUCUACUAUACCUGGAACUCUGUGACUCUCUACUAUACCUGGUUUACCCUGGAACUCUGUCACUCUCUACUAUACCUGGGUUACCCUGGAACUCUGCCACUCUCUACUAUACCUGGUUUACCCUGGAACUCUCCACUAUACCUGGUUUACCCUGGAACUCUGUCCCUCUCUACUAUACCUGGUUUACCCUGGAACUCUGUCACUCUCUACUAUACCUGGUUUACCCUGGAACUCUCCACUAUGCCUGGUUUAACCUGGAACUCUGUCACUCUCUACUAUACCUGGUUUACCCUGGAACUCUGUCACUCUCCACUAUACCUGGUUUACCCUGGAACUCUCUACUAUACCUGGUUUAACCUGGAACUCUGUCACUCUCCACUAUACCUGGGUUACCCUGGAACUCUGUCACUCUCUACUAUACCUGGUUUAACCUGGAACUCUGUCACUCUCCACUAUACCUGGUUUACCCUGGAACUCUCUACUAUACCUGGUUUACCCUGGAACUCUCUACUAUACCUGGUUACCCUGGAACUCUGUCACUCUCCACUAUACCUGGUUUAACCUGGAACUCUGUCACUCUCCACUAUACCUGGUUUACCCUGGAACUCUGUCACUCUCUACUAUACCUGGAACUCUGUCACUCUCUACUAUACCUGGUUUACCCUGGAACUCUCCACUAUACCUGGUUUACCCUGGAACUCUGUCACUCUCUACUAUACCUGGUUUACCCUGGAACUCUGUCACUCUCUACUAUACCUGGUUUACCCUGUCACUCUCUACGAUACCUGGUUUAACCUGGAACAGGUGUUGGUCAAAGCAAGAAGAAGAAUGUAGGUAGAGAGACCUACAGCUCUAGAAUCAGGUGCUGGUCAAAGCAAGAAGACGAAUGUAGGAAGAGAGACCUACAGCUCUAGAAUCAGGUGUUGAUCAAAGCAAGAAGACGAAUGUAGGAAGAGAGACCUACAGCUCCAGGAUCAGGUGUUGGUCAAAGCAAGAAGACGAAUGUAGGAAGAGAGACCUACAGCUCUAGAAUCAGGUGUUGGUCAAAGCAAGAAGACGAAUGUAGGUAGAGAGACCUUCACCUCUAGACAACAGAGGAUCCGGUCAUUCUAAGACUUUAUAGGACAAUAUGGACUGCUUCCCAAACGGUGUUGUUUGGGACUCCAUGGAUUUAUAUCCAUACACAUCCAUAAUUCAUAUAAUAUCUAUAUUCACAAUGUAAUGUAAUCUAUUACAGAUUGGACAAUACAGUAUAAUGUAAUAUAUUACAGAUUGGACAAUACAUUGUAAUGUAAUCUAUU